AUGCACACAGGCUUUCUGCUGAGGCACGACCUGGGCAAGUUCCUCUGCUUCGACCAUCUCACUUUCUGGGUUGGCAAUGCCAAACAGGCGGCCUCCUAUUACUGCAAUAAGCUUGGUUUUGAGCCGCUGGCGUACAGGGGGCUUGAGACGGGCAGCCGUGAUGUGGUGUCCCACGUGGUCAAACAGGGAAAGAUUAUUUAUGUCUUCUCCUCUGCGCUGAAUCCUAAUAACAAAGAGAUGGGGGCUCACCUGGUUAAACACGGAGAUGGAGUUAAAGAUGUUGCUUUCACUGUAGAGGACUGUGACUUCUUGGUGCAAAAAGCCAGGGAGCGAGGUGCUGUUAUAGUUAAGGAACCUCAGGUCCUGGAAGACAAGUUUGGCAGUGUGAAAGUUGCUGUGCUGCAGACGUAUGGAGACACAACUCACACACUGGUGGAAAGAAAUGGAUAUUCAGGACUUUUCCUCCCAGGAUUCCAUGCCCCACUCUUCCACGAUCCUCUUCUGGCUCGGCUACCAAGCGGGCAUCUGGAUUUCAUUGAUCACGUGGUUGGAAACCAGCCGGUUGAUGAGAUGGUGCCUGUGGUGGAAUGGUACCAGAAGAACCUGCUGUUUCACCGGUUCUGGUCGGUGGAUGAUAAACAGUUGCAGACAGAGUUCAGUGCCUUGCGAUCCAUCGUGGUUGCCAACUACGAGGAGACAGUAAAAAUGCCCAUCAAUGAACCUGCCAUGGGAAAACGCAAAUCACAGAUUCAGGAGUACGUGGAGUACUAUGGUGGUGCAGGAGUCCAGCACAUUGCCAUGAACACUUCAAACAUUAUUGACGCUAUCCGUAAUCUGAAGGAGCGUGGCAUGGAGUUCAUGGCUGUCCCAGAUGUCUACUACCAGCAGCUCAGAGAGAAACUAAAGCUCUCCAAAGUCAAAAUCACUGAGGACAUGAGCACCCUGGAGGAGCUGAACAUUUUGGUUGAUUAUGAUGACAAUGGAUACCUUCUUCAGAUCUUCACCAAACCAGUUCAGGAUCGACCGACUGUGUUUCUCGAAGUUAUUCAGAGGCACAAUCACCAGGGUUUUGGAGCUGGAAACUUCAAGUCUCUGUUUGAGGCAAUCGAGGCGGACCAGCACGCCAGAGGAAACCUCACCAUCCUCACACCUAAUGGCACAGCUGAGAAACUCUGAAUCAGGCAUUAUGCUCAAAUACAAAACAUUUUAUACACUCAUUUUAAUUUCCUUUUUUCAAACUUUGCAUAUUAAAGCUGUGAUCUUAACAGAGUGAUGCCAUAUGUUCUGCAUUUUUGUAUCCCUAUAACUGGCUAUUACCAGGUUUUGUAAACAGUAGAGUUAGCAGAUUAUGAAAAAUAAUCAUGCUAUCAUGAGAAAGUAAAUCAAAUACACACCAAAGCAAAAUCAAUGUGCAUGAAAACUCUUGCAGUAUUAAUUGUUUUUCUUACAGCAUUCAUACAAGAUCCACCAAAACAUGUUAUCAGUGUGGGUGUUAAAUACCUCAAGGGAUUUGGUGUCCCAAAUGUUUACAAUCCCAAAGCUGCAGGGAACCUCAUUACUCUAAAAAGUGAUUUUGUUUUAUUUACAAAGUUUUGCUGAUGCUUAACUUGAACUAUUCUUUCAACAUCUUUUACUAAGCAUGUUUAUAGCAUGUUUAUGAUGCUUUCACUGCAGUGGCAUUAUCACCUUGUUUUAAAACUGUUCUUGCUCCUGUACUA